AUUUUACUUUAUUUCCUUCCCAUUCAGUCCCUACCUUUUAUGUCCGAACAGAACACACCCCAAAUUCACUCUUCUUGCUAUGCUAGCAUAGGCAUAGCAAACCAACAAAAACCAAAACCAAAAAAAAAAAAAUGUCUCUCCUUCUCUUCCUCCAACUCCUCCUCUUCCCCCUCCUCUGCUCCUCCACCACCACCACCACCAACCCUUUCGACGUUUCAUACUACAUUGACUGCGGCGGUACCACCGACACGACCGACCCCUUCAACACAACAUGGCUUUCCGACCGCAACUACACCGGAGGGUCUGCGGCGAUAGUCUCGGAGCCGUUACACUUCCUUCACUCUCAGGAAAAGACACUCCGUUUCUUCCCACUCUCCUUCGGGAAAAAGAACUGCUACACCGUCCCACUCCCUAACGGCCGUUACUACUUCCGUACAUUCACCGUCUACGACAACUACGACGGUAAGUCUCACUCUCCUUCCUUCGACGCUUCCGUGGAGGGCACUUUGGUCUAUUCCUGGCGCUCGCCUUGGGCUGAGUCACUCGCGCGUGACGGCGCGUACUCUGACCUCUUCGCUUACGUCACCGACGGUCAAGCGGAUUUCUGUUUCUACAGCAUUGCCACUGACCCGCCCGUUAUCGGUUCGCUCCAGAUCAACCAAAUCGACCCGAAUUCAUACAACGCCGCUUCGAUCGGUCAGAGUUUCAUCCUCGUCAACUAUGGUAGACUCACCUGCGGCUCCCCCCAAUGGGGCCCGGGCUUCACCAACGACACCGACUACUUCGGCCGGUCCUGGCAAUCGGACUACAGUUUCCAAUCUCAUAUUUCCAGCUCCUCAGCGCUAAGGAAGAUAGGCACAAACAAUGCUAUAAGCGGGACCAAUACGGCGCCGAAUUACUUUCCGGCGAAGCUGUACCAGACGGCGGUGACGACGGACGGCAGAGUGAUCGAGUAUGAGUUGAAGGUGGAUGCGAAGCUGGAUUACUUGCUGUGGUUUCACUUCGCGGAGCUGGAUUCGAGCGUGAACAAGGAAGGUCAGAGAGUGUUCGAUGUGUUGGUCAAUGGCAAUAAUGUGAAUCGGAUUGAUAUUUACAAGGAGGUUGGAGGCUUUGCAGCUUAUACUUGGAAUUAUACGGUGAAGAAUUUGAGUUCUACUGUGUUGACCGUGAGGCUGGUCCCGGUGGUAGGCUCGCCGGUGAUUUCUGGGCUUGAGAAUUACGCGCUGGUUCCGGCUGAUCUUUCUACUGUGCCUGAUCAAGUGGUUGCUAUGAGAGCAUUGAAGGAGUCGCUUCGUGUUCCCGAUAGAAUGGGUUGGAAUGGUGAUCCUUGUGCUCCUACAAGUUGGGAUGCUUGGGAGGGAGUUACAUGCCAUCUCAACAAGGAUGGAAAAUCCCUCGUGAUAUCUCAAAUAGAUCUUGGAACUCAAGGCUUGAAAGGAGGAUAUAUUAGUGACCAGAUCAGUCUUUUGUCAAACUUGGUAAGCCUGAACUUAACUACUAAUUCUUUAGGCGGUACAUUACCAUCUGGGCUAGGCCAAAAAUCUCUCAUACGGCUAGAUUUAUCGUACAAUCAGUUUACAGGGUCCAUUCCGGAUAGUCUAGCAUCUUCAAAUCUGCAGCUGGUGGUAUUGAAUGAUAACUUAUUAGAAGGACGAGUACCGGAGGAACUUUUUUCAAUUGGUGUGCACGGUGGAGCAAUUGAUCUUUCUGGUAACAAAGGUUUGUGCGGUGGACCUACUUUGCCAGACUGUCCUUUAUUCUGGGAAAAUGGCAGCUUAUCUACCAAGGGUAAAAUUGCGAUAGGCUUAUCAAGUCUUGUCUUUUUCUGUGUGCUUCUGCUGGUGAUAUACAUGUUCUGCAUCCGAAGGGGUAGAAAUGAUUAUGACUUUGGUCUCCCUCAAGAUUUAAUGUCACUGGCUGCAAAGAGAAACAAGUAUCAGAGGCAGAAAUCUUUGAUGCUUCUUGAAAUGGAGAGCCAACAUGCAAAGGGACUGCCAUCACCUUUUACUCCCUACUAAUAGAGUUUACAGAAAAGGAGAAUAUUGACGUUUAUGGUCUUCCCUCACCCAAAAGAUGUAGAAAGUGGGAUCUCUAGUGUGAUUAUACAAGAUCUGAGAUAUGAUGCUAAUGACUCACUGCACUGCUUCAGACGGACAAUUCAGAGUUUUGGCUUUUGUUCACAAUUUGUUCUGAAAUGGGGUCAAGGAAUGCCAGUCUAUUGAAUGCAAUGUGGUCUCAUGUUAUUUUUGACCAGAACAAAGGUGUAACCCCACAAUGUAUAAUACCCAGUUUGCAGCAUUUUGAUGAAUAUAUGAUGUAAAUCUAUAGUGCAAUGUAUGUAAUGGCAACGCGCCGAUAUGCCAACUGUUCCUAGGUUCAUUAUUGCUGCAUGAUCACCUUUGGCGAUUCUUUUCCUAACGUUAUAUGCUGACUUGCUUUAACCUCAGAUGUAUACCCACAAUGGCUUGUUUUAUAUUUAUUGGAAAUGACAAAACUUAGGUAUUCAAAAUUUCUAAGGAUAUGAUUUAUAGUUUUUA